CCCCACGUCAACAGCCUCUUCUCCCUCUGCAACAACACCCACAGCCAUGGAGACAGAUUUAAAAAGGACAGCCCCAAAGACAUCGGCGACCAAAGAAAAGCGGCCCAAGGACAAGGAAAGGUCAAAGGAAAAACCAAAGAACAAGGACAAGGACGAGUCCAAGGUGCACAAGCUGUCGCUCAAGGGCAGCUCAAGGCUUGUUGCUGAGUUUUUCCAAUACUCGAUACACACGAUCUUAUUCCAACGAGGCGUCUACCCAGCCGAAGACUUCACAGCCGUCAAGAAAUAUGGCCUCAACAUGCUGGUCUCGGCCGACGACCAAGUCAAAGCCUAUAUCAAGAAAAUCAUGAGCCAGCUCGACAAGUGGAUGGUUGGCGGCAAAAUCUCCAAGCUCGUCAUCGUCAUCACCGACAAAGAUACCGGCGAGCACGUUGAGCGAUGGCAAUUCGAUGUCCAAAUCUCCGCUCCGACCAAAUCAAAAUCCAAGCAAUCCACAACAGACUCCUCCGCCCCAACCGACGAACAAGACCAGCAACAACAGCAACAAGAAAACUCCUCCUCCUCCGCCAACAAUACCCUCUUCGCCGACAAAGAAAAGCCCGAAUCCGAGAUCCAGGCCGAAAUCGCCGCCAUCUUCCGCCAAAUCACCGCCUCCGUCACCUUCCUCCCCCAGCUCAGCGGCGACUGCACCUUCAACGUCCUCGUCUACGCCGACGCGGAUAGCGACGUCCCCGUCGAGUGGGGGGACUCGGACGCCAAGGAGAUUGAGAACGGCGAGAGGGUGCAGCUGAGAGGCUUCAGCACGGCGAACCACCGCGUCGAUACAAUUGUCAGCUACAGACUGGGGGAGUAAUGAGAUUUUUUUUUUUUUUUUUUUUUU